UUUUGGUAGGAGGAGUGGAUUAAGGAAGCUGCAGAAAUAUCGUAUCCAGAGGAUAAAGAAUCUCAAAGUGCAAAGCAUUUCCAAAAAGCCAUCCUUUUUCUUCCUUCCCUUCUCUUCUAUAAAAGCCUUUGCAUUUGUGACUUUCCUUCAUCUAAUUUGUCAAAAUCUAUAACUCAUUUCCUAGCAUUCUUUCUUCCCAAAAAAGAGUAUGUCAUUGAUCCCUCGAAAUCGCCCUCGAGUUAUUGUCAAUGGAGUCCAGAGAAUGAGAACAUACCAUUACUACUGGUGCAGACAUUGCCAAAGAUCAAUCAGGACAACUUCAGCCAAUCCAUUUGAAAUUUUAUGUCCUACUUGUUUUGGCCAAGUUCACUAUGAACUUGAUAUUACAAGGCCUAGGGUAAUAGUUUCUGAUGUCACAAGGCUACAACCACAACCAUCCUCGAAUUCUCGCCUUCUUGAUGCCUUGGCACUCAUGACUGAUCCAUCAAUCAGACAACAAAACAAUAAUAGUGAUCAAAAUCAUCGGACUAGACAACGUGCUCGCGUCAUUCUCCAAUUUAUUGGUCCUGAUGAUCAACCUAUUAGGCCUGUUUCUCCUCAUGAGAACGCGCUUUCUUUGCCAUUCGUUCAAGAAUUGACUCAUAACUAUAGGCCAGGGCCGCCUCCAGCACCAUCUUCAGCAAUUGAUGCAUUGCCAAGAAUUGUGCUAAAUGCAAACCAUUUGGCAAAUGACUCUGUUUGUCCUGUUUGUAAAGAUGAGUUUGAAGUUGGGAUACAAGUUAAAGAGCUUCCUUGCAAGCAUUUUUACCAUUCUGAAUGUAUUGUUCCAUGGCUUAGAAUGCAUAAUACUUGUCCGGUUUGUAGAUAUCAGCUAGAAGGUUUCUCAAACAAUGAACACCAACAUGGUUACACAAAUGAAUUUAAUGAAGAAGAAGAAGAAGAAGAGGAGAAUAUGAGGAAUCCUCUAAUUUGGGGUUGGACUCAGCUUACCUCUUUAUGGCCUUUUAGUUUGCUGUCAAGUUGGAGACAGAGAUAUUUUAACCCUUUUGAGACUGCAACUUCUGCUUUUCCUACAGGGAGAGCUUGGUGGAACCCUUGGACUUUUCCUUGAUAUUGGUUGCUGCUUAGUUGGUUCUUUAUUCCAUUUAAGGAACUGUGCAUAGUAGGUUGUUUUUAUCGUUAUUUGCUUCAUUAGUCACUAAGCAGGUAUGUUUACAAUUCAACUAUAUCAUUCUGAAUUGAAUCUGUGCAUGGAAAUUACCUGUGAAUGGGAUCAAAUUAAGAGAUUAAAGACUCAGCAGGUAUGUACCCAUUCUUCCCUCCCAAUUAAGAGAUUAACGUUAUAUGCGCCGAUAAUGUAAAGAACUUUAUAUUAUCAAUGUAAUUUAACCGGACAUAGCAGGUCGUGAUUCUAUUUUCUAGAUUAUUAUUAUAUCAGACUCGAUAUGAAGAGUUAUCUGUUAUUAUAGCUUAUAGAUCAACUAAAAAAAAUCGGAUCGGUUAAUACUUAGUAUCACGGUGUUUGAUGAGUCAACAUCCAGUAAGAGGUUGAUAAGAAUAAGCAUGAAUGUUGAAAGUAUGAAAAUUGGAUUGGAUCAGAGCAUCACAAGGCUCACAAACAUAAAAGAAAACGGCACUACUUUUAGCUAUGUAAUCUACUAACAUAUUUGGAAACUUAUAAUUAUUGCAGUAAUUUAGUUUCAGCUGGAACUCUUCUCUAGAAAUCAAUGUUGCUGAUGGCUUAUGGAUUUCAAGGACAUUGUGAUUCGACUAUUAAAGUCAUGGAUUUAUUUUCAGCCAGAAAGAUGCAAGAAGUAGAGGAAGAAAAAUGUGAAGGGGAGAAAAAGAAGCCUCAUUUUAUUUCAUAAGGGAGAAUGUACAAUGUAGUUUGUGGACCAAUAUUUCUAUUAUUUGUUCUUAAUGAUCAAAAUUAUGUCUAGCAGCAACCUCAAUUUCAAGAUGUAAAGCUUGUCUUAGAAAUUAGAAUGAUGACAAACCACUAAAAAAAUAAAUAAUUAGGUAACAUGUUUGUUGUGUUAGGUGAAGGAAUAGAUUAACCAAUUUCAAGUUUUAAAUCUAGUGAUAUAAUAGGUCACAUGUUUUAUAC